AUGUCCGCCGUCGCCAGGCGCCUCGCCGGCAAGACCGUCGUCGUCACCGGCGCUUCCUCCGGCAUCGGCCGCAGCUGCGCCUUUGAGUUUGCCCGCACUGCUGCGCCUGCCGGUGGCUUGCGUCUGGUUCUGACGGCGCGCCGCAUCGAUACCCUCCGCCAGAUUGCCGACGACCUCGUCAAGGAGCUCGGCGCGGACAAGGUCAAGGUCCUGCCCGUGCAGCUCGACGUCAGCGACCGCAAAGCCGUGCGCGGUUUCGUCGAAAGCCUUCCCGAGGAGUGGCGCGAUAUUGAUGUCUUGGUCAACAACGCUGGCCUCGUCAAAGGCGUCGCCCGUGCGCCCGACAUCGCCGAGGAGGACAUUGACGUGAUGCUCGCCACCAACGUCACCGGUCUCGUCCACAUGACCCAGGCUGUCCUGCCCAUCUUCCUCAAGCGCGGCUCCGACGGCGGCGCCGGCGACAUUAUCAACAUUGGCAGCAUUGCCGGCCUGGACCCCUACCCCGGCGGAAGCAUCUACUGCGCCACCAAGGCCGCCGUCCGCAGCUUCUCCGAGAGCUUGCGCAAAGAGCUCAUCUCCACGCGCAUCCGUGUCAUUGAGAUCGACCCGGGCCAGGUCGAGACUGAGUUCUCGGUCGUGCGCUUCUACGGCGACAAGUCCAAGGCCGAUGCCGUCUAUGCCGGUGUCAACCCUCUGACGCCCGAAGACAUUGCCGAGGUUGUCGUCUUUGCCGCGUCCCGGCCCGAGAACGUCGUCAUUGCCAACUCGCUGAUCUUCCCCCAGCACCAGGGCGCCGCUGGUCUCCUCUACAAGAAACAAUAA